UUCCGCUCGCUCUCUCCGACACCACCUGUAGCAGACGACUUUGGACGUCAACGGUGGUGACGGUCUUGCGAUAUCUCCAAUCGGUUGCCCAUGUGACAUCCAGCGGGGCUUUAAAAGUCGCCCAAACGGGCCAGCUUUAAGGAGUUAUCGUCGACAGAACCACCGUUGACAAGUCGCCGACUUCUCGCGUCAGCUUCCAGCAAGGGGGAGUCCAACUUCAGCCACCGCUCAUUCAAACCCCGCUUGCAAUGGCGUUCAACGUGCAAGAACUGUUACACAGCCUCCUGUUCCACCGUAUUUCUUGAUCGGGACGUGCUUCUCUUCAGAUCUCACCUUUGUUUUCUCCGUGCUUCUUGUGAGUGCUAUUUCUUGGUGGUGUGAAGCCUGAAUGGCCGAAAACAGCAUCAUGCUGGGAAGCACCUUACUUCUACUGGGAAAGGAGAAGAAUGUGGUGCACGCCGCGCACUACAGGCAGCUGAUGGGAGUUCGUCGAAGUAAUUUCCUGCUGGCCCUUCUGUUCCUCAUGCUGUUCAGCUACCUCUGUUUCGGGGCCUUCAUGUUCUGCAGCUUCGAACGGCCCGGAGAGUUGGAGAGGCGCAGAGCCUUGAAAAGCUUUCGGGCCAUGUUUCUGAGGGAGCACCCGUGUCUAACUGAUGAGGCUCUGGAAAACUUCAUAGUGGAGAUAGUGAAGGCUCAUGAGAACAGGGUGUCUCCGAUCAAGAAUGUCACCAAUGACCCAAACUGGAGUUUCGGUCAUUCUUUCUUCUUUUCGAGCACAAUCAUUACAACUAUAGGAUAUGGCAACAUCACACCGCUGUCGACAGGCGGCAAAAUCUUCUGCAUUGUGUACGGUCUGAUCGGGAUCCCCUUGACCUUGAUCCUGCUCUCUGCCUUUGUGGAGCGGUUGCUGAUUCCGGUCACCUACCUCCUUCAGUUCCUCAACUCCAGGCUGGGACAUCUUUACCAAGCGUUCAACAUACGCGUGCUACACCUCUUUAUUGUUGGGUUGCUGGUGGUGGUGCUGUUUUUCUUGGUCCCUGCUACCAUCUUCUCCUACUUGGAACCAGAAUGGAACUAUGUGGACUCCCUGUACUACUGUUUCAUCUCCCUGACUACUAUAGGCCUGGGAGACUACACACCUGGAGACAGUUACAACCAACCCUACAGGCCACUGUACAAGGUCGCUGUCGUCGGCUACCUCCUUAUAGGGCUCACCUCAAUGAUGCUGCUGCUGAAUGUCCUCUAUGACAUACCGCAGCUCAAUAUUGGCAUCUUCUUCCUGCUCAAGAGCGACGAAAUGACAAACGACCCUGAAAAGGUUCGUCUCCAUCAUGGCCUGGGUCCCAAAUACACCCAACAGGUUGAUGAACCUGCUCCGCCUUCCAUCCGCCACAUCAAGGCCCACCCUCCCCUCUCCUCCUCGUCGCCAGAGGACAACCCCUGACCCCCAUCGCAGCUCAUACCCCUCCCGCAAGGAUUUGGUGCGCUGUGACAGCAUGGAAUCAAAACAGACAGCAACAAAUCUAUGCUCCUCUAAGCAGAUCAACGCUGCUAUUGUUGUUGGUUGUAUCGGAGACUCUGUUGGACUCCUAACUGUGUUCACUAGAUGUGCUAGAAAAGAAAAGAAACGAAGGUCAAGACUGGACGGGUUGCCGUGACGAUCACAACGGUACACAAAGUGUAGGAGGCGAGUUAGGCAGCACAACGAAACACAACUACGAUUACUGCUGGCACAAAACUGACGCGCCAGUAGGAUAAUUAAGAGGCCACGAUGGGCGAUGCGCGGCUACGAAUAUGGUUCUUAAUGAGGCAUGGCGAGCGUCGUUGCAGUGCCAAAAACAUCCACUAUGAAAGGUUCUUCCUCCAGAUAUGGAGUUCACAUGCACAUGAAGAGAUAUUGUUCCGAAUGCGUUCCUAAUUUCAGUUUAGGACGAGAGUAUGGUGAGGGCUUAUGGAAAAGGGGUGUUACAUAGCCGCUGCAAUUUUUCCUCGAAGGAAUCAAAACUGCCACACCAAUGCCUACUUCUUAGAAGACCUGCUAGUGGUAACGAGCGAAAACACCUCAACAUGUCGCCUACGCAGACGAUAUUGAUAAUUUUCCCAACACAUUCCAGCUGUAUUCGAAGCUUCUUGAAUCAAGAAAAUGUUACGUGACAACUGGUGUGCAGGCGUGUGUAGCGACACAAGCCCUAGUCAAGGGAGAAUAACAUUAUUGUUUUGCUUUCAUUUUCCCGAUGUAUAUCGCACACUACUCACAAAAACAAGCUGAGCUAUUUUACUUUCCGCACAACAGAAGGGACGCAGGGGCACGCGAAAGUCGCUUCUGCCUAACGCUGCCUGUGAAGUGUCAUCUCAUACCAAUGCAAGCACGAUGGGGUCUUCCCUAAAUGAUGCAUACAUAGAAUGCCUGCCGAUCCCCGUUUUUAUCAUGCGAUUGCCUGACAAGACAAUUUCUAUCACCCGAACACUUCCACGUAUACUCCGAGCUAUAUUUGUAGUACCUCCUUUUUCUCCCUAAAUGUCCCCAGCAUGUGAUUUCAUGACCACUCUAAAUCUUGUGAAGCAACAUCUUUAAACGAGUUUCGCUUUCCACCAAGGAAUACCAGUCACAUUUUCCCAGCUCACUGUGUCGUCCCUUUCGCAUCUCGAUGUCGACCUUAACUAGCCAUGUGCAAAUCCGUGUCCAAACCGUGUCCACUGAACUAUGCUACUAAAAGCUACGGAGCCUCGACUUUUUCCCCCCCCAAGGGCUUUCGGAGAUUUAUCGUGUGCCUGAACUUUACUCUGAGAUGACUGAUGCGCAACACCAUCGACCUAGUCUGUCAAGAGCGAAAGUGCGCUAUAUUUAUACGCUUGCUUCCAUCAAAAAUCUACAAAUAAUUUACUGUUAUUAAAAUUAAGAUGCAUUGUAAAGAUAUCCCAUCCUACAACUUCAUAUCAGUGCCUCAUUCUAGUGAUCUCACACGUACCACCGUAAUGCAAUGGAAAUUUACUGUUUGAACACUUUCACUGCGGAGAGUAAUUAAACCUACGCUCAUAUGUACAUUGUUAUCGGAUCAAAACAACACUAAUGUGAUGCUACAGAGUGCUUGCACUCGCAGCACCACCUUUCUAGUCGUUGCUCUGAAGAUUGCCGUUUCCAUGGCAACGGUAUAGUCACCUUCUAGAAAGACAACCAAUAGAAAGAUACAGAAAUGAAACCUUGCCACAACACGAACACUCUGGCUGUAACAUCAUGUGGAAACGUUCUACAGUUCUAACUUAUAACAGAGUGCCAGGUCAAAUCACAUAAAAUGCUUAGGUACCAAAGCAACAGAUUAAUAUAUUCGUAUUGUCGUAUUUGUCAGACUUAAUGCGGGAGACUCACAAAAUAUUUGGUUAGGUUUGUGUGCCUACGGAAAACCGUGAUACCGUUUUAAAACACAGGUAAGCACAAGCUUACUGUUGUUUCUCUGUGUCACUACCUGUGCCACAGUACAUGAAGCUUGGGCACCACACCCAAACUGCUGAACUGCAAUUAAAUUAAGCAGAAAUUACAAGUUAGUAAUUACAAGGUGAAUUACAAGACAGAGUUGUAAUGAAAAGAAAUGACAUUGUUUUCCUUUGCACAAUGGACGUAGACAUCAAGGUUAAAGGUAACUAGAAAUUGGUCAAUAAAAUGCAGUCUACAAAAGAUUUCGAAUAGAGCUCAAUUGCGUUGAUCUGGAACUGAAUCCAUGAAGUUUUCUACAUAUUAUGUGGAGCCAAACAGAAAUAGAAAUUCGUUUUCAGUUCAAAGUACUGCAUGCUACCGGGUUUGACGAACACGUGCUACUAGGGUAUCUCACACAUUGGUAAACAGAAAACUACCUUCAAUCAUGACGAAUCAUAUCAUACACUCUUUUCCUUGUGAUAUCACUGGCACACACUGGAAUCGGUAUUUGCUGUUGUAUCUCUACUACAUAAGCCUGUACAUAUGAUACGCUACAAGAAGUAUGAGGUAUACUCAUUUCAGUGUGACGUACGUACAUAUAUUUAUGUGUGUAACAGGGUGUUGUCAGCGCAUCAUCUCAAUGUGAUAUAUUUAGUGGGGCCGUUUUUAAGGUACUUCAUUACAAAUUUUACUCAAAUAGUGUACCUUUUAACGUAGAGGAUCUUGCACAUGGUGAUCAGAAAACAGCGAUACAUCGCAUCACGAACACAGAACUGAUCAGUGGCAUGGACUAGAUGCUUUGUGAUAUCCGCAUUCCCUGCUGUGAAUCACCAUUACUGAGGUGGUGAAGCCACAGUGCACAGUCCCCUCAAACAGUAACACAACAGCAGGCAUGGUUUGUAUUUCCGUUCCAGCUUUUACUCAGAAAUUUUGCUGGUUGCCAAAGAAGGAUUUUGUGUGUGCACCUACAGCUAGGGCAUGUUAAUAUCACAGAGUUUAUGACACAUGCAAGGCAUUUUUCUCUUCUGUUUUCACGAAGCUGGUGUUGCUAUUUCUGAUCAUUGUGUGCCAGUAAAUAAACUAUUUUAUGGCACGGGGGCAACCCACGCCACGUUUGUACAGCAUGAGAGAUGGAAAUGUUGCAAGCUUCAACGCUUCUUAUUGUGUUGUACUUGACCGGAGAGGAAGAAAUCAACUUCAACUGGAUUAAACUCAUUUGCAUUGUACAAAAUCUAGGAUGAUUCUACUUGGCUUAUCGUGUCUGUGUUCUUUUCCAAUCUAGGAAGCUGUGCCCACUGUCACAAUUAAGAAAAUAAACGUGACUCAUGUCGA